AUGGGGAGGUUUGGCAUUGCCUUGCUGCUAAUAGUGCUUCAGCAACUGUGUUUGUCAUGCAUGGUUUGUCGUGCCCUGUUUUCAUCAAACUACACCGAUGAAUCGGCUCUUCUUGCGUUCAAGUCCGCAGUCACGUUGGACCCAAACAACGUUUUGGGGAGUAACUGGACUCAACAAACCAACUUUUGCCAAUGGGUUGGUGUCUCAUGUAGCCGUCGACACGGGCAGAGAGUCACAUCUUUGAAGCUUAUUCGCAUUGGACUCCACGGCACCAUCUCCCCUCAUGUGGGCAACCUCUCCUUUCUCAAGAUGCUAAAUCUUGGUGAUAACAAUUUCCGUGGUCAACUUAUUCACGAGAUCAGUCAUUUGCGUCGCUUGAAGGUACUCAUUUUACGUUUUAACUACUUAGAAGGGGUGAUCCCUGCAAGUAUACACCACUGCCGACAGCUUCAAUACAUAUCUUUGUCUAGAAAUGAAUUUACAAGCAGCAUACCCAAAGAAUUGAGUACCUUGUCCAGUCUCAGUGAGCUUUAUCUAGGACGAAACAAGUUUCAUGGCACUAUUCCAUCUUUCUUUGGUAACAUGUCAGGCUUAAAGCGGCUUGGUUUGGAAUCAAACAAUUUUCAUGGCAAUAUUCCUAACGAGAUACGUAAUGUUCCAUGUUUGGAAGUAAUUAAUUUUGGUGGGAAUGAUCUCACCGGGUCAAUUCCUCCAUUUUUAUUCAACAUCUCAUCUAUACAACGAAUUCAUUUAGAUUUUAAUGACCUAUCCGGAAAUCUUCCCUUGACCAGUUCUACUCAGCUUUCUAAUCUUAAAAUUCUCAGCCUUGGAGUUAAUCAACUCAGUGGAAACAUCCCUUCCUAUCUGUCCAAUUUUUCUAUGCUCACUGCAUUACAUCUAAGUAGCAACCAAUUCACUGGAACAGUACCCACAAGUCUAGGCUGCUUAGAAUCACUCACACUACUUGAUCUACAUGAUAACCAGUUAACUAUAGAACCAAGAAGUCAUGAACUUAGUUUUCUCACUUCUUUGACAAGCUUGAAAUCCUUGGAAAUAUUAGAUAUAAGUAAUAAUCCAUUUCACGGCAUCUUACCAGAUUCUUUUGGAAAUCUUUCUACUUCUCUUCUCAGGUUUCGUGCAUCUAAUUGCCAACUAAUGGGUCGAAUUCCUGAAGGAAUAGGUUCCUUUACAAACUUGAAUUAUCUUAUCUUGAGUUGCAACAAUUUCAACGGAUCAAUUCCGUCUACAAUCGAGGGCAUGAAAGAGCUUCAAAGGUUGUGCCUUGAUAGUAACAGGCUUGAAGGAGCCAUUCCAAAGGAGAUUUGCAGUUUGCGCAACUUGGGAGAUAUUAGACUCCACAACAAUAACCUCUCCGGAUCAAUCCCUGCAUGCAUCGGAAAUGUUAGUGGGUUGCGGACGCUAUCAUUGCAGUCAAAUUCAUUGAACUCGUCAAUACCAUUGAGUUUAUGGAGCUUGGAUAAUAUGUGGUUCUUGAAUUUGUCAUUCAAUUCAUUAACUACUCUAGAUCCCAACAUCAGAGCACUGAAAUCACUUGAAGCCAUAGAUUUGUCUUGGAACCAAAUCUCAGGUAACAUUCCAAGCACUUUGGGAGCCUUUGAAAGUCUAAGUUCUAUCAACUUGACUAAAAAUUCAUUUUCGGGAACCAUACCUGAAUCCUUUGGUAACUUGAUAACACUGGAUUUCAUGGACCUCUCCCACAACAACCUAUCUGGUUCUAUACCCAAGUCCCUAGAGGCACUUUCACAUCUCAAAUGUUUAAAUCUCUCUUACAAUAAGCUAUCUGGGGAGAUUCCAAAUGGAGGUCCUUUUGCAAAUUUUACAGUGGAAUCUUUUAUAAAGAAUGAAGCACUUUGUGGGCAACCAACUUUACAAGUUCCGCCAUGCUCAGGUUCAAGAACUAAACACUUUCCUUACAAAUAUGUUCUUCCAGCCAUUGUUGCAUCAGUGGCAAUCUUCAUUGCUCUAUUGUAUAAGAUGCUCAGAAAAUAUUAUGGAAAUAGAACACAAGCUCAAAGUUCUACCCAUAAUUUGUUAGACGGAAUGGAGCAUAGGUUGUUUUCAUAUCAAGAGCUUUGUAAUGCUACAAAUAACUUCUGUGAAACCAACCUGAUUGGGGUAGGAGGUUUUGGUGCCGUGUAUAAAGGAAUACUUUCUGACGGAACAAAUGUUGCUGUGAAAAUUCUGAACUUGCAACUUGAGGAAGCUUCCAAAAGUUUUGAAGCAGAAUGCAAAGUGCUGCGAACAGUUAGGCAUCGGAAUUUUGUUAAGGUCAUAAGUACAUGCUCUAACACUGAGUUAAGAGCUUUGGUUUUGCAAUAUAUGCCUAAUGGAAGUCUAGAGAAGUGGUUAUAUUCUCACAACUACUGCUUAAAUCUCCUUCAAAGAGUCAGCAUUAUGCUUGACGUUGCUUUUGCUUUAGAUUAUCUCCAUCAAGGUCAGUUAGAGCCUAUUGUCCAUUGUGAUUUGAAGCCUAGCAACGUCCUUUUAGAUGAAGACAUGGUCGCACAUGUGGGUGAUUUUGGCAUUGCAAAGAUAUUAGCUGAAAAUAAGACUGCAACACAAACAGAGACUUUAGGUACAGUUGGCUACAUUGCACCAGAGUAUGGUUCGGAAGGAAGAGUUUCUAUUAAAAGUGAUAUCUAUAGCUAUGGAAUAAUGUUGCUGGAGACAUUCACUGGAAAAAACCCCAGAAAUGAAAUCUUCGGUGAAGAACUAAAUCUGAGGCAAUGGGUGAGUGCAUCACUUCCCCACAAACUAAGUGAAAUCAUUGACAGAGGCGUCAAAUUGGUAUCAGAGCUUUGCUUUCAGAUGGCUGGUCCUCGUCGUUGUAGCCUUCAAGGGGAUCUUUCGGUUGAAGACUACAUUGAUGAAAUUGAACACCUUAUGAUAAGGUUUGAUAUUUCCGAGACGGAAGAACAACUAUUGCUCGUUUCCUUGGGGGUCUACGGUCUGAAAUUGGUGACAUCGUCUAAUUGCAACCUUAUUGGCUUUUUAAUGAUGUUUGUAAGCUUGCACACAAGGUGGAACACCAACAUAAGAGGAAAGGAAAUGGUUAUCGAUCAUCUUCAAGACAAGGAGGCUCUUCUAGCAGCGGAACUUCUUAUAGUUCAAGGCCAAGGAUUUGGUCACAUAGCCUCCGAGUGUCCGAACCGCAAGAUAGUUGCAUUAGUUGAAGAGGUGGUGGAAGAGGAGUCCGAAAAAGAACUUUUCCAUAAUGAAGAUUCGGAAAAUGAAGAUGAAAUCACCUAUGUGGACCAAGGAGAGUGUUUAGUCAACCUAAGAAAUAUGACUGCAACCCAUAUAGAAGAGGUGCCAAAGGAAGAUUCAUCCAGCUCUAUUGAAGAAUUUAAAGAAGGUGAAAUAAUUUUUGAUGAAAUAUUUUGUGAAAAUGUGGUCCACACAAAAACAAUGAAAGAGAGAGGAGGAGCUUGA